GAGAAAAAAAAAACAUCCCGAGCUGAAAUCCGCUACACGGACACACUUUUACUGCCACCUCCGCUCUUUAUUGUAGUUAUUUUACGGGGGUCUGUAUCCUCACCGGACACACAGAGAGAACAUGCCCGGACAGAGGUAACCGUCCCCGGGCUGCUGCUGCCUCCUCAGCCGGCUGUAGGACAGGAGCAGGACGGACAGACGCAGAUGGAGAGGCCGGGCAGACUGCUGCUGCUGUCCGAGCUGCGCGUCAGAAACGCGGCGUACGAUGUGAGCCUGAGCCGGUCCCUGCUCACCUGGAAGAGACGGACCUCCAGCCCGGUGUACCACCCGUUCAGACCCAGUGUGUGUCACAGUGUGCCAGUGUCAGAGAUCAUCUCUGUCAGAGAGGAAGAGGAUGGGGACAUCAGCAGACGAAAAGACGAUGGCAGCUGGAAAAAAAUCAAAGAGAGACAAGGAAAGGACUGCAGGCAGGCCUUCACAGUGUUGUACGUGGAGAGGGCUCAGCAGCACCGCUGGCGGUGUGCUGAGGUUACCUUCACCUGUCCAGAGGGGGCGCUGUGUCAACAAUGGGUCUCCAGCAUCAGGGAGCAGCUCGCAGCCAUCGCCAGCAGACCCAAACACCUGCUGGUCUACAUCAACCCGUACGGCGGGAAGCGACAGGGGAAACGCAUCUACGAGCAGAAAGUCGCCCCGCUGUUCGCCCAGGCAGGCGUUUCAACGCACGUUAUUGUGACGGAGUACGCCAAUUAUGCAAGGGACCACCUGAGGACGGAGGCGGAGCUGAAGAAGUUUGACGGGGUUGUGUGUGUCGGAGGGGAUGGCAUGUUCAGUGAGAUCAUCCACGGGCUGGUGUGGAGGACGCAGAUCGACGGCGGCGUGGAUCCAAACUGUCUGGAUGAGGCUCUGCUCCCCUGCUCGCUCCGCAUCGGAAUCAUCCCCGCAGGUUCAACUGACUGUAUCUGCUUCGCCACGGUGGGCACCAAUGACCCCGUCACCUCUGCACUGCACAUCAUUGUGGGAGACUCGCAGCCGAUGGACGUGUGCUCGGUUCACAACAACAACACCUUCCUGAGAUACUCCGUCUCCCUGCUGGGAUAUGGUUUCUACGGCGACGUACUGACUGACAGCGAGAGGAAGAGAUGGAUGGGACCGGCCAGAUACGACCUCUCAGGUGUGAAGAUGUUUCUGACUCAUCACUACUACGAAGGAACUGUGUCCUACCUGCCGGCCAGAGGCAUCAUGGGAACGCCACGGGACGCCAACAAGUGUCGAUCCGGCUGUUUGGUUUGUCAGCACAACGGGAGGCUCCUUUCAGAGAAAGCUGAGAGGUACGAGGUGGACGAAACAUCAGAGAGCGAGAGUGACAGUGAGUGGAGGACGAUCCGAGGGAAGUUUCUGGCUAUUAACGCUGCCAGUAUGAGCUGCGCUUGUCCUCGCAGUCCCAAAGGCCUCUCGCCUGCCGCUCACCUGGCUGACGGCACCACCGACCUCAUCAUGGUCCGAAAAUGUUCCCGCUUCAACUUCCUCAGACACCUCCUACGACACACCAGCAAAGACGACCAGUUUGACCUGACCUUUGUCGAGGUCCACCGGGUUCGCCGUUUCCGCUUCACGCCGCGUCACUGCCAGAGUGAUUCGGACCUGGACCUGCGGGAGAGCGGCAAACACCAGAUCUUCAGCCAGAUCUGCCGAGACCACCCGGCCUGCGGCUGUGCCCCCGCCUACAGCAGCUGGAACUGCGAUGGCGAGAUCCUGAACCACACAGCCAUCGAUGUCAGAGUGAACUGCCAGUUGAUCAAGCUGUUCGCACGAGGGAUCGAAGAGCCGACAGUGUUUGAGGAUCUCACCAACCCCUGUGCAAUAUAGGCCCACACCCCGAUUAUAUUCCCUGUCAGACACUGGAGUCAUCGCUCUGCGUCACUUUUGCUGCCCGCUGUCACGCGACACUCACCACAUCCUUCUCACCGGGAGACUCGACAGGAUUUACAGACUCAAGUUUGGGUGUUACGCAACACAAAUAAGCACCAGGGAAGGAGACAAAACUUUACUUUUCUGGGUCCAAAAGUGAUUCGGAAGUGAGGUGUAGUCUCUUCAAAGUUCAGUUGAGUUAUUCCCUGAAAACUAGCAGCUGUUUUAAACACAUAAUCAGAAAAUGAUUGGCUUGGAGAGAAAAGCUCCGCCCUCAGAUUAUGUUUGUUGGUGUCGAAUGGUUGCUGGUGUCUGGCACCUGAUUUAUUUUUAUUAUUGAACUGAGACCUGCCCUGUUUGAUCAGAUUCUUCUCCUCCGAUCAUGACUUGGUGAUCUUGUCACCUCCAGGUUACAAAUGUUACAGUAACAAUGAGUAAAGGAGCAGCAUGGAUCAGCCUCUAGAGUCUCACAAUUCUCUUAAUCCACAUUUCUAAAUGACUUUGGAUUUUAAGGUCCUGAUUUGAUUGAAUUUUUUUAUUUUAAACUGGCUCUGCCAUUGUUAGACUAUCAAGUCUUGAUUCGUAAGGAUCAACAGAUGACAUGUCCUUUACAUUUUCAAAUUAAUCUUGAAAAUCUAAAAUGUAGCUUAUAUGGUAUAAAGUGUGACAUACUGACAUGUUUUUCUGGCCAUAUGGUCAAAUGUAGAUUUCGCCGAUCCUGCUUUUGAUAGAUGACUGAAAUUGAAAGGUCAUUGAGAUCCAUUUUCGAUUUCAAACUGAAAUUGUUACACUCUUACUGACUUAUCUCAUCUGUUAGGAGUCUUGACUUGGACUCACUCUGGUUUCAGUCUCGAACCUGACUUCUCUUAGUCCAGAUUUUUUCUCUCAGUCCAGAUGUUUUCUCAGUCCAGAUGGGUUUUCUCUGAGUCCAGAUGUUUUCUCUCAGUCCAGGUGUUUUCUCUCAGUCCAGGUGUUUUCUCUCAGUCCAGGUGUUUUCUCUCAGUCCAGAUGUUUUCUCUCAGUGCAGAUGUUUUCUCAGUCCAGAUGUGUUUUCUCUGUGUCCGGCUGUUUUCUGAGUCUAAAUGUUUUCUCUCAGUCCAGAUCGGAAAGAAUUUUGCAAUCCUCCGACUCGACCCAUAUUUGGACCUGGCUUUGAGGUGAUUAUAAAACUGCUCAGACUUUGACUUAUGCUAUAUGUAUAGCCUUUCUUCCAUUCUUUAUUGUUCUGAAGUCCUCGACUCCCAUUUCUGUCUAGAGAGGUUGUUUUUUUCCAGUAUUUUGGACUCGGCGCAGUCUUGACAAUUAUUUGAUUUUGUUUUCUUUUGGUGUUUUUACUCUGACUUGUCCUGACCUUGGCCACUGGUUAUUCUCAUCUGUUACAGCGAUCUUCUUAUUUUGACUUUAUUUGACUGGGACUCGUCUCAAAUACUGUUGAAUAAUGCCUAGAUUGUUUUUCAUUCGCUAUGUUUGCUACUGUAUUUUUUCAGAUUAUUAGUGCUCAAAUCAGUUCUCGAGGAUAUUGUCUCAAGACGUUUUUUUCCUCUUGUUUCGUAGAUGAAUUGCUUCAAUAUAGCCCUGCUGCAGAUAGCAGACUGCUAGUUAUUUUAUUUAUUCAGCAUAUAAGUAGAGUAGACGCUGUUACAGAAAUUUUGGCUUAUUUGCACUUUUCAAAUAGUUUGAAUUAUUUUGAAUACUCCAAAAUGAUCCUGGAUUUGGAAUAAUCUGUUACAUGUUUUAAGGAUGCCAGACACCUGCCAAGUCAUUCAUGUUCAGCGUCAUGUGAUUAUUCAGGGUCAGGGGUUGAAUCCCAGUCCCGAAAAGUAGAAAGUAAAUCCCCUUCACAUGGUCGGCAGACAGGAGAUUUAUUUUCCACUGCUGAACUUUCCUCUUCAGCUGUGUGAAGGUUUCCAGAACUUUCUGCUUUUCAAACAGAUUUGUCUCCAGUCCUUCAUGUUUCUUUCGAGUUCAGUCGUAGCUGUGAAGUUAUAUUUUUACAAAGUUAAAUUCCCAGCACUUCAGAAGAAAAAGACAAACCUUGACAAAUUUCAAAUUUUAGUUUUUUCUGUCAGUCAAGCUGGUCGUGGCUGAGCGAGCUGAAUGUAAUUUAAAUCUUCCAUUACAUCUCAAUAUGCAAAUGAACUGAGCAAACGCAGGACUCGAAGCAAAUCUCCUGAAAGAGCACUGCUUUAACACCAAUGUUUCACUCAAACUGUGCAGAUAUUCUUCAAUCAAAACAAAGUUGUAGCUGUUAAAUCUGAUCUCAGAGUGGCGUGAUGUUCUGAACUUAUUCUGUUUUGUAAAACCUCAAGUUAAUCAUCUGAACCUUCCACAAAUCAAAGAUUUGCAUACAUCAAAAGACCAAAAGAAUACUAAACUAUUUCCUUGCACGGCAGCUGGAUUCUCGUCGUAGUGAGAAAUCAUGCAAGAAUCGCAGAAUCAAGGGAUUUCAAGUUUCAAGUAGUGCUUUUGUGUCACACCACCAGAGACGGUUUAGGCAACAGACAGAUGGUUCAUCCAAUCAGCUGCCAGGUUGACGGCUUCUGUGUAAAAAACAAUCUGGCUCAUCAGGUUGACGAAACCCCCCAGUAAAGAAACAAAAACGACCAAAAAAAACAAUGUUUUUGGUUGUUUCUUGGCGUCAUAGCUCCAGCCUCUAGUGUCAUUAUCAGGUCAAAAUUGAGUUUUUCAGUUUGUCCAAUAAAACCGGCAAAAGUAGCAAUUUUCCCAUGAGCUUCAGCUGCAGCAUGCUAUCUGAAAGAGCUACAAUAAUGUAGGAAGUUAGUGGUUUAUAGCCAGAUCUGGGUCGUUGAUUAAAGCAUAUUUUUGCAGGUUGGGCAGGCGGAUUAGCUCUUAAACACACUAAGCCAACGCUGUUGUUCACUUGUCGCAGCUCUUUUUCUGCCAGAAUGCCAACAAGCUCAUAAAUCACACACUGUUUGGUUUAAAAGUCAGAUUACCAGCAAUCAAUCAUUACACUAAUGUAGCAAAACUCACUGUAAAAGAGGCCCAAUCCUUGAAUUACAACUUCCAGGUCCAUCAUGUGAUGCCAUGGGGCCCAAAAAGACUUUUUCCUAUCAUCAGCAGAUAUUUCCUUUUUUGAGGCACAUCAACUUCCCAGAAUAUAUCAGUUUUCCAUGUCCUACAAGUGCACUAAAGCUGAAUAUUUCCUUCCUCCGUUCAUGUGAAUGAGCUUGAGACUCUACACCUUUAUGGAGCCCAAUAGAUGUGAAAUAUACGCGUCAUUUUAUGCAUUAAAAUCUAACUUUGACACUGUUGUUCACAUGUCGCAGCUCUUUUUCUGCCAGAAUGCCCACAUGCUAUCAUAACUCACACACUGUUUGGUUCAGUGUAGAAAAGCCAGCAUACCAGCAAAUGUUCAUUACACUAAUGUAGCAAAAAUCUCUGUAAAAGAGGCCAAACCUUAGAAAUACAACUUCCAGGUCCAUAACGUGAUGCCAUGGGGCCCAAAAAGACUUAAAAGUUAACUAAAGCUGAAUAUUUACUUUCUCCGUUCAUGUGAAUGAGCCUGAGACUCUACAGCUUUAUGAAGUCCAAUAGAUGUGAAAGAUACAAGUUAUUUUAUGCAUUAAAGUCUUACUUUUUUUGGUUUUAUGCCCCACUGAUCAACUUUCAUAGGAAUGAACAGGUCCCUGCCUCCAACACUGUAUCCAGUCAAUAAUUCUAUAAUAAUAAUAAUAAUAAUAAUAUAAUUCUUUCAAACUCACUUCUCACAACCAGUAAACAUAUGCAACCAGUGAUGAGGUCACAGCAGACUUAACCUUGUUUAUAAAGUGUCACUCGCCAAAAAGUUGACAAUCACUGCAAUAAUAGUUAUUUUGGGCGUUUAGUUUUUGAAUAUUUUUCAACAAAAACUACACAUUUUCUCAACUAAAACACAAAAAAGAGAAUAUUCUCAACAUUUCAAUUUAUCUAAAUGUGAAAAAAGCUGAUUACCUCACACACAAACAACAAUUAGGACUUGUAUUUUCUUUGUGGAAGGUUCAUUUUAUUGAUUUGAAGUUCAGUUGAUUCUGGGUUUGUGAAAGGAAGCUGCACUGUAAAGUCCAGUGUUGAUAUUCAACCAUAAUCUCACAAAAUAACAUGUUCACUAAGUCUUAUUUUUGCUUUGUUUAAUGUUGAACUCUCACAGCUCUGAGCAUGUCGUAGCCUGAUGCUAAAGUCUCUGUAGCUGCUGCUCGCUGUGUUGAUCACAAUACAACAUGUAGCUGCAUCAUCUGUAACAUUAUUUUUCCAUCUUUACUAAUAUUAAUCACAGUGAAGUUGCAUUUUCUCAGGAUAAGGAUGUCAGUUUGGUUCUCAGAUCUUUUCAGAUCACUGGAAAAUGUCUCGAAGGAUGAAACUUUUAGAUUUUAUGACCCUCAGCACCCCCUUAAGGACAAAUUUCACAUGUUUUGAUUAAUCGUAACUUUGACCAGACAAGAAGUCGAGUAUCAGCACUGGACUGUCAGACUGUCGAUGCUGUUUGUUACUUUGUGUGUUUGUUUGUUUGUUGACAAAAGAAAAUCCAGUUUCCUCUCUGCUGACGUCGAGCUGGACUCAAUCAGAUGCAGCUUAGAGGGAACCAGUAGCAGCUCACGGUGCUCCAAACCACCAACCAAUCAGCUUUUUUUCUUGAUCCCAAUCUGACCAAAUACCAGCCGAAGUUUAUCAUGUAGCUGUCUGACAGCUGUAGCUCAGCCUCGAGGUCUUCACAGGUGCAAAAUCCUGGAUGGAAACUCUACCAGAACCAUACAUAUAGGGGUUUUCGAUGAGGUGCUUGCCGGUGCUUGCCGGUGCUUGUGUGGUUCGCAGUUAGUUCAACUUGAGACCAGCUCUGAACUGUUUGCUCUUCCACAGGCUCAAGAGCCACGUCACUAUGUCACUGCUAACUUCUUUAUAUGUCUCCACUCUCUGCAAGUAUAAUAACAACAGGAGACUACAUGUCUCUACAACACAUCUGUGCUGCUUAUUUUAAUCACUAUGGACGCCGAAUACAUUCUUAUUAACACUAAGCUUAAGAUGUUAGUGUUGGACUUAGUUGUAAGCUAACGCUAGCAGGCUACUGCUAGCCCAAUAGCCCACUAGCACAUAUCAAUCACAUUGCAGUUAAACAAAUCAAAUAAAUGAAUGAUACACGUUUUAGUUGGUCUUGGUCUUGCUAGCCCGCUAAUGCUAGCACCCUAUCAAUCGGCUGCUAACACAAGGAAGCUAUGAUCGGCCGCUAACGUUGGCAUGCUAUGAUCAGCCGCUAACGUUGGCACGAUAUGAUUGGCCGCUAACAUAAGGACGCUAUGCUCGGCCGCUAACGUUGGCAGGAUAGCGCCUAUUGAUUACAUUGCAGAUAAACAAAUCAAAUAAAUGAAUGAUACACGUUUGAGUUGGUCUCUCUCAAAGGCACAGAUUUGGUGUUGGUCUUGCUAGCCCGCUAACGCUAGCACAAUAUGAUCAGUCGCUAACAUUAGCACGCUAUCGAUCGGCCGCUAACAUUAGCACGAUAUCGUGUAUCAAUCACAUUGCAGUUAAACAAAUUUAAUAAAUGAAUGAUGGUCUUAGUUGGUCUCUUACAACAGCACCAACGGCAUCUUGUUGGUCUGAUAGCCCCGCCCCCAGUCCCUGACUAGCGGUUUGUGGUUCAAGACCAGCAGAAAGUUGGUGCCGCUGUGGAACCCGAUUUCCCGGCCAGGAGCCGGUUCUUUGGCGGUGGAGAACCAAAGAACUGUUCUCUAUUGGGCACCUGACAGGUACCGCAAUUCAUUUUCAAAGAAUAACAAAUUGAAAACAGAGAACAGCAGCAUUAGUGCAACAACACAGCCCUAAAAAGAGCUGAUUAAAUUGACCAUAAUGUUAGUAGGAACCUGUGAAGACCUUUAGCUCGGCCGUCUGUAUCGUGUUGAUUUAUCUCUUAAGUUGUAACGAUGUACAAUCAGAGUCUGAAUGUUUGCUGUAAAACCUCCAAACAACAACAACAAACCAAAUGUGUCAACAUGUGCACACAGAACAGAGGUCGACUGAUGACGGAUGAAUGAGGUGGAUUUAGUAUUUUUUAUUAUUAUUAUGAGAGGAUGAAAAUAUUUAUUGACAUUUAGCGGCAUGUAAUUAUUAAUUAAAUGUUUUGUGCUUUAGUACAGUAGAUUUAGCGUCCGGUCAAACCUGGAACCGGCCCGUUAAUUUGCAUGUUUUUGUGAACAGGCAGUGAACAUAACCGACAGUAGCAUCGACUGUAUAUAGAGAUAAAACCAAAAUAUCUGGGGCGCCCCCUGGUGGCGGGCUGCAGUACAGCACCCAGUGGAUAAGACAUGAGCUAAAAGACGUCAAAUAAUUUUUUCUCGUAUCACGCUAAUGUUUGUUCAAGUGUUAAUUUUUCUGAUAAAUUUGGUUUUAAUUAUACAUUUCAAUAAAACAGCUUGUAGCAUCAUGAUUGACAGCUCGCAUUGUGCUCUGAUUGGCGAGAUUUUGCAGGUAAACUUCCUACUUAGCAGACUCUGGCUGCUUUUUAAUCAUUGUAACAGUGAAUAAGACAUUUAUGCUGAAAAGUAAAAUCAGUUUUGUUUAACACACUGUAAAAAAUGUUUGUAGAAAUUACAGUAAAAUUGUCAAAUUGCCUCAGAAAUAGGGCGCAAAAACUAAAAAUCGAAUAUCACCAUAGUAGACAAUUAUAAUUACCAUAAAUCAAGAAAGAGUACAAAACUUUUAAACUGGAGAAAACAAUUUUUUUCCCAUGUAAAAUUAAAAGAGAAAUACUACAAUGUCACAAGGACAGAAUUCCCCUAAAAGAGGGACUGUUCAGUCAGAUAAUAUUUAAAUUUUCAGAAAACCCACUCAUUGUAUUUUUUUUGUAGUGAAGUUCUGGCAACCACAGCUGCCGGUAUUUUACUGUAAAUAAAACAGCAAAUAAAUUUUUUUUUUUUAUUGUGCCGGAAACAGCAGCUCACCAAAUACACCAGACUCCAUUAAUAAAAACAGUCAUUUUACUGUGUCAUUCAAAGACGACAUAAACAAAAUAAAACUCACAGAACUGCCGUUUGUUUCUCUUUCUCCUGCUCCAACAAUCACUGUCUCUGGUUUGGUCAAAAAUAAACUCUUAAUUCAC